AAUUCUCUAUCGUAAACUUGUUUAUUCAAUGCAAUUCAAUUUUUAGUAAAGAAUAUUUUCGGUAUAAACUCUUAUAAUAAUAUCGUUUAAUUAUUCAUUCAUUUGCAUUGUUUAUAAAUGAAAGAAAUAUAGAUCAUUUCCGGAAAAUCCUCUUAUGCGGCUAUUUUUUUUCUAACAAUUCUCAUUUUCCUAACGUAUCAGAAUGAAAUUGUGUUAUUCUUUGAUAGUUGUAAGAAACAUAUACAAAGAAUAUAACUUUAGAUAGUACUAAAAUACCUAAGUCAAUUAUAAAUUGCCAAAAUGCAAGCUCCACAAGUUGCUCAAGGAGUGCAACGUUUUUCCUAUGUGCCUAAAUUUCAGCCCCCGCAGAAUUUCCAGAAACCUAAUCAUGUAGCUUACACACAGCAUAAACAACACUUACAGCAAACAACUCAAAAUAUAGAAUUUGACGGGAAACGACUGCGGAAAGCUGUAACUCGAAAGACUGUUGACUAUAACACAUCUGUGAUCAAAUAUCUUGAAAAUCGUAUUUGGCAACGAGAUUACAGAGACAGAAGAGCUAUUCAGCCUGAUGGAGCAUAUUAUAUUGAGAUGACACCACCUUUAAGUAUGCCUGAUAAUCCAAUAAAUGCUGUUACAACAAAAUUUGUUCGUACUUCCACAAAUAAAAUGAGAUGUCCUAUAUUUUGUGUAGCUUGGACACCAGAAGGAAGACGUUUAGUAACUGGUGCAUCAAGUGGAGAAUUUACAUUAUGGAAUGGUUUAACUUUUAAUUUUGAAACUAUAUUACAGGCACAUGAUUCUCCAGUGAGGUGUAUGGUUUGGAGUCAUAAUGAUGUAUGGAUGGUAACUGGAGAUCAUGCAGGUUAUGUGAAAUAUUGGCAAAGCAAUAUGAAUAAUGUAAAAAUGUUUCAAGCUCAUAAAGAACCAUUACGUGGUAUUAGUUUUUGUCCUAUUGAUACAAAAUUUGUAACCUGUUCAGAUGAUGGCACAGUUCGCAUAUGGGAUUUUCUUAGGUGUUUAGAAGAAAAAAUAUUAAGAGGACAUGGGGCAGAUGUAAAAUGUGUCGAUUGGCAUCCACAAAAAUCUCUAAUAGUGUCUGGUAGCAAAGACAGUCAACAACCAAUAAAACUUUGGGAUCCUAAAAGUGGACAGUCAUUGGCUACUGUACAUGCUCAUAAAAAUACUGUGAUGGAUACUAAGUGGAAUAAAAAUGGAAAUUGGCUUCUUACUGCUUCCCGUGAUCAUCUAAUAAAAUUGUUCGAUAUUAGGAAUAUGAGUCAAGAAUUGCAAACAUUCCGAGGUCAUAAAAAAGAGGCAACAACUUUGGCUUGGCAUCCAAUUCAUGAAGGAUUAUUCACAAGUGGUGGAUCAGAUGGGUGUGUCAUGUUCUGGGUUGUUGGGGCUGAUAAAGAGGUUGGUUGCAUGGAGCAGGCUCAUGAUUCAUGCGUAUGGUCUCUAGCAUGGCAUCCUCUUGGCCAUAUUCUAUGUUCUGGGUCAAAUGACCACUCUAGCAAAUUUUGGACUAGGAAUAGGCCUGGUGACAAAAUGCAAGAUAAAUAUAAUCUUAACACUCUUCCAAAAGGACAAGAAGAAUCUGCAGAAUAUGAUGACUCAGGUACAAUAUCAUCCAUCCCUGGCAUGGGCUUAGAAUACGGACUUCCAGAUCAUCUUAAACCUAAAGAAAAUAGCUAUGAGUCUGAAAUUCCUAUGAUUCCUGGCUUGGAUUUCACAUCUGAAGAUUCCUUCAUUGAAAAAAGUACUAUUCAGAAGAAAAUUCCAUUCUCUAAGCCUAUACCUAAACAGUUUCAGCAACAAUGGAUGGAAAGUAAACAACCCCUGCUACUUGCACCUCCUACUUCUGAAAGUGAACGUACUAAUGGUGAAGUAACAGCCCCAUCUAAUAAUUCUGAGUUGAAACCUCAGCCUCCAUUAGUGCCUCCUCAAGAGCAACACUUCCAACCAAAUGCAAGACCUCCUCCCUCACAAUAUUUGGAGCCACCACCUAGACCCCCACAGCGAUCUGCCUUGUUGGGAGAAAGACCUAAAGAUUCUCCACAUCUGCCUCCUCCACCUAAGCCUGAACUUCACCCAGGAAACAGACCUCCCAAUAAUGUUCCUUAUUCAGAAAAUCAUGAAAAUUUUUCUCGAGAUCUUCCAAGAAAUGAGCCAGGUUCCCAUGAUUCUUGGAGAACUUACAGUGAUGAGCCUAGGGACUCUGGUCAUCCAGGAAGUGAGAAUGAAAAUGGGGCUUAUAUGCAGAAUCCAGAUAUGAGGCAUGGAUUCGAAUCUGUAAAUAAUGCUGGUCCUCCCAAAAGGGCAAGAACUGAAAGAUAUCCUCACAUGAAUGAAGACUUCAUACCUGAUAAUUUACCUCCAAGGGGUGGUCCACCUCCCCAUUAUCCUUCUGGCGACUCCAUGAGAUAUCCACCAAAUGACUUAGACCAUAGAAAUAAUCAUAGGGGACCUGAUGAAAUGGGUUAUAUGAGUCAUAAACGUCCAUGGAAUGAUGGUCCUCCUCCUCCUGAAGAUCAGUAUCCACCAAUGAUGGACUUUGAUAGUCCAGAUUUUAAUCCUAGGCAUAGUAAUGUGUAUCAUAGGGGACGUGGACCAAGGGCACCUUAUCGUGGUGGCCGAUCUCCAUUUCGUAUCAUUAACAGGGGUAGAGGUCGUGGUGGUUAUCCAAGUUGAAAAUGUUGUUGUGUGGAGCUAUUUUAAAUGAAAAACGACACAAAUUUUGUAAUAUAUUCAUCUGAAAGUUUUUAUUUUCCUUUUUGUAAAUUAUUACAUUUUACAGAGUCAUGAUUUAAUUAAAAACUUGGGAAAUAAAAAGUUGUUGACACACACACUCGACAAACAUACAGAAAAAGAAAAAAAAAGAAAGAAAGAAAAUGUAGCAUUAAUCAGUGUUUUUUAUUUUCAUUUUUUUAUAGCCCAGAUGCAUUUUUAUGAUUUGCAAAAAAUUCCAAUUGUUUCAUUUGUCCAUUAAAAAAUAACAGUUUCUUAAUUUUCAUAUAAGAA